GUCAACACGCGUUCGUAGUUUGGCGGCUUUUCUCGUAAAUACUGAGUUCUGUGACUAUACCUGACUUGAACAUAAGCUAUAAACUUUGUGUAGGUACUUAUUGAACGUGAUUGAGUGAAGUGACUUGAAAAUUUGGUUUUGGAACAUAAUAAACUAAUUAUUUGACAGUUUUGCACAGAUUUUGUUUUGAUUUUGUUGUGUGGAGUUUUUGAAGAGUGCAAGUAGAGCUUUUACUGGAUUUGUAGAAUCAUCAAACAUCGAAACUUUCAACCUGCAACAGACUACCUGUGAUGGUGAAAUGGCGACCACCACGAUGGUAGUGUCGCCGCUCGCCACGCAGUCCUCGCCGAAAAACAAAAGACGACUCUUCGCCGAAGCGCGCCAGAACAGUCUUCACAAGCUGAGCAUCAUAUUCGACCACUCGCAUAAGAACGGCAAUGGUGGGGAGACGACAUGGUGUUUCAGCCAGGUGAAAGGCACGCUCGAGGAUGACGUCACAGAGGCUGACCUCAUCUCCUGCGUGGAGUUCAACCACGACGGAGAACUGCUCGCCACUGGCGACAAGGGCGGACGGGUCGUCAUAUUCCAGAGGGACCCAGCAUCAAAACAGUGCGUACCCAAGAAGGGCGAGUACAACGUGUACUCAACAUUCCAGUCCCACGAGCCAGAGUUCGACUACCUCAAGUCGCUCGAGAUCGAGGAGAAGAUCAACAAGAUCCGGUGGCUCAAGCGCAAGAACCAGGCUCACUUCCUGCUAUCCACUAACGACAAGACUAUUAAACUAUGGAAGGUAUCGGAGCGCGACAAGCGCGUAACGGGAUACAACACGCGAGAGGAGAGCGGGCGCGCGCGGGACCCGGCGCGCAUCACGCAGCUGCGCGUGCCCACGUGGCGGCCCGCCGAGCCCAUGGUGGAGGCCUCGUCCCGGCGGAUAUUUGCGAACGCGCACACCUACCACAUAAACUCGAUCUCGCUCAACUCUGACCAAGAGACCUACCUGUCCGCGGACGACCUGCGCAUCAACCUGUGGCACCUCGAGAUCACGGACCAGAGCUUCAACAUUGUGGACAUCAAGCCUGCCAACAUGGAGGAGCUCACAGAGGUGAUCACCGCGGCAGAGUUCCAUCCGACUGAAUGCAAUCUCUUUGUAUAUUCUAGUAGUAAGGGUACAAUAAGGCUGUGCGACAUGCGAGCCGCGGCGCUGUGCGACCGCCACGCCAAGCUGUUCGAGGAGCCGGAGGACCCACACGCGCGUUCCUUCUUCUCCGAGAUCAUCUCCUCCAUCUCCGAUGUCAAGCUCAGCAACUCGGGACGAUAUAUGAUGUCAAGAGAUUAUUUAGGUUUAAAAGUAUGGGAUUUAAGAAUGGAAACUAAACCAGUAGAGACAUAUCCAGUGCACGAGUACCUACGGUCAAAGUUGUGCUCGUUGUAUGAGAAUGAUUGCAUCUUUGACAAGUUCGAGUGCUGCUGGAGUGGGGAUGACCAGCGGCUCAUGACUGGCUCAUACAACGGCUUCUUCAGGGUGUUCGAGCGCGCGUGCGCAGGCGGGCGGCGCGGCGAGCUGACGCUGGAGGCGGCGCGCGACGCCGCCGCGCGCCCGCGCCAGCCGCUGCGCCCGCGCAAGGUCGCCACCACCGCCAAGAGGAAGAAGGACGAAAUCAGCGUAGACUGCCUGGACUUCAACAAAAAGAUCCUCCACACGGCGUGGCACCCGCACGAAAGCAUCAUCGCCGUCGCCGCCACCAACAACCUCUUCAUCUUCCAGGACAAGUUCUAGCCUCCGCCGAGCCUGUCUGUCACCCACUGAGGACCUACACCAGCAGUCUUUAAAGAUUUUGAGCUUUAAAGCGAUUUAGAGGAAGAUUCAGUGCUUUGGAGCCUUAAAAAGCUUCCCUGACACUUCCAGAAUAAGUUUUAGCCUUCGCCGGGGCUGUGUCUGUCCACCCACUGAGUCCCUAUAGCUCAGAGUCGAGGUACAACAGUCUUUAAAUAGACAGAGUUCAAAAUGAAGAAGCUUCAGUGCUUUGCAGCCAUAAAAGGCCUUGAGCUUCAUCACACAGAUUUAGAGUUGAGCCUUUAAAGCCUCCCUGACUUCCUGAUACAUCUAAUGAUCUUACCACAAGGAUAUACGGCUCAAAAUUCAGAUACAACUACUGGUCUUUAAAUGGACAGAUAAGCCCAAGAUUUUGAGGUUUAAAUUGAAAGUUUAGAGGAAGAUUCAGUGCAUUGGAGCAUUAAAAAGCUUCCCGAAUUACAAGUUCGAGUUACAACCAACAGUCUUUCCUUAGCCAGAUAAUCCCAAAGUUUAUAAGAAGAUAAAGCGUUAAAAGUUAAAACCUCACAUAAUACAGCUAAAAAUCCAGGUGCAGCUGUUCGAUCAAGUCUUUAAAGCAAAUUUUGAGCUAUUUGGCUAAAGUUUAGAGUUGAGAGUAAAGAAGAUACAGUGCCCUAGAGCUUUGAAACUUCCUCAUUACUCCCAAGCACAUCUGAGGACUUCACCGCAAGGAGGCCGGCCCAAAACCGAGAUACAGCUACCAGUUUUAAUGGCCAAAUAAGCCCAAAGUUAUGGGCAUUAUCACAAAAAUUUAGAGUUAAAAAUAAGAAAAAUGCAGCCUUGAGAAUGAAUUCUUGGUACAGGCUUUGGUUUGGUUGCGCCUUAUCACAAAUAGGAUUUAAGUAAACCAGAUAGCACUCAAUUGCUCUACAUUUUUCAAUGGACUCAUUAUUGAGUAAAUAAAGGUCACAGCUGGUAACUAGAGCUACCAAAAGUAACUGAGUGGGUAGAGGAACAUCAUAUGGAUUGAGAUGCCUCGGACGCAAUCCCUCAUAUUGUGUCUCGAUUGUUAUGAGUGUAUGGAAUCCUGUCAAAUAAUGGAUUACCAUUUUUAAUUUAUCAGAAUGUCUGAAAACAUAAGUGAAAGCUGGACUACGUUCAUAAACUAAUGGGUAGCGGAUACAUUUUAAUGAACUUAUCGAUGCAUCCUAUUGAGUACAAUAAGCUUCUUAUAGCUUGCUAAAAGUGUUACAACAUAUUUGGCCAUUUUAGCCGUCACUAUUUGAUGCUGUACUCGCAUCCAAACACUGUCUGCUCUUGAUAAAAUGUAUGAGAUACUUGUCACUACCAUUCGCCUACGUUGAAUUGUUAUACCUAGCAAUUACGGUUGGGGAAACUAAAAUUGUUAAGGCCUGAUCUUCCUCUGUGUAACUCUAGACGAGAACUUAAUACGAUUUCAAUAAGGCAGGUCCUGUUGGUAACUUACGAUAGAAAUCGCAGUGGUAGCUAUCAAUUCUUCAUCUUACAUUGCUAGUUGUAACGACCUCUGUCUUGCAGUAAAAUUGCGAGACGAAUCUUUACUAAAAAUAUAUUAUUUGUCCUCGGAUUUAGGAAAGCUGAAGCCCCUUUUAAAAUGGUAGCAAUUCUUGCCUAGUGUUGUGAUCAGUAUACUAAAAUAAUAUUAAAACAUUCUUUACAAAAAAUCAUUAAAAAAACUGAAUAUGAAUAGCGAAAGUGUAGACAUGAUUGCCACCUUUCAAACUAGUCACCGUUAUAAGCAUCUGCUACAACAAAGUUGCGUUUUGACAGCUACCACUGCAGUAUUGUUAAAAAAUAACUUAGUACAUUGUAUAGUCGACACAUUCGUUUUACUUAGCCUCCACUCUCAUUUGACUCAUUGCUUAUUGGCGAUCUUUAAGUUAUAAUGUUAAUACGAGUUUAUUUUUGUCCAAAUGUAAAAAUCUUGUCUUGUUCUGCGGCUUUGCCGCCAGAGCCAAAUGGCGUUGCUGAAAGACUAAAUCGGACAUUAACAGAAUGUCAACUAUACAAUGUCCUAGUACCUAGUUAGGCUGUAAGACCGUUAGUUAAACUCUGAUAUAAUUUAUACGCUUGUAAUAACUUAAGGUUCUAAGCGAUUAAUUAAGUAUUUAUUGUUUAAUGACACCAUAAGGUGAACUACCUUAACCGAGUAAAAUGAGAUUAGUUAGGAUUAUCAAAUAACUGCUUGCUGGCUUGAAAUGUAUGGAGACUUUCACUUGACCAAGAUUCGCACAGCAAAAGUCACUAAAAUUUGGACUUGACAUACAAUAAUGUUAACAAUGGACCACAAUAAUGGAGCUAUCGAUCAAAAUACUGAAAAUAAGCAAGUCUAAAAUGUCAAUACUAUACUCACAGAUUGAUCUCUAAAACUGUGUACCUACAUUUCAAGCGGCUAAAAGUAAAUUUGAUCCGUUGUAGCAGUGCAUAUCUGCAUCUAGAUCACAUUAUGCCUUAAAAUAAUAAUAAUUGUACAAGCAAUCGCCUCGUCUCCAAUACAAUUUAGUUGCAAAUGUGUUUUGGCAUUGCUAUGUCGAAAUAAACUUAAAGAGACGGACGAAUUUCUUCAAUAUGUCAAAAAUCCACAAUUAUGGCUUCCAUUUUGAAAUAUCACAGUUUAAAUUUCUGGUGUUGCCAAUUUCUAGUGUUAUCAGGCAAAAUGGUACCACAUAGAAAUUUAAUACAAAAUAGACUGUAUUGAUAAUGUGGUACCAAUAGUUUUGCUUGUGAAUGUCACUAUUCACUAAACCAUAAUGAAUUGUUAUUACAGAUCUUUAAAUGUAACAUGUUAGCUUUGAAACUCAAUGAACUUGCUACAGAAAUACAAACAUGAAACUUUGCAAAAGCGGUACCUCCAUAUCUAUAAUUUCAUUUCAAAAUUUGUAAGAGAGACGUGUGUUAGACAUUAAACGUAACACUACAAUUAUAGAUGUCCUAUUAUGUUUAUGUCGGUACUUUACAAACAUAAUACUUUUCAUAAUUGACUAGCGGCAAAAUUUUGUUAGUGAUAUUACCUACAUAUACGUAACACUUAUUGCCCUCUUUCUUUAGGCUCGUGCCUUAGUGUGCGUACAGUUUUUUGUUAAUGGUUUUUUUUAUUUAUUAUUGUACUUUUUAAAAACAUUUGUGAUCGUUUUUUACUAAUGAAAUCGCUUAGGCAUAGUUGGCGUGUCGAGACCGCGAGAUGUGAUAGCGUUAUUCAUAUCUUAAGAAUUCGUAAGUUGUCAUAAACGCAACUUUUAAUUUUGUAAUGAGAAAGCUAUUAAAUGUCUUUCAAUACAAGUGUCCAAGUAUGCCGGUGCCCAGUAAUGGGUCCUAUGUUUUUGCAAAAUGGAAUUUCCCCGAAAUGUUUCCUUAGGGUAAAAGAUACCACUUUGUCGGUUGUGAAAAAUUAUUGACGGUUGACUGUGUGGUACUCCCCUGAAUAAAUAUGCAAGGGAAAGCUUAAAAUAUUUUCUAGAAUGUAAAUAUAGCGAACGAAUGGAGGCCUGAAUAAUAUAAAUAUAGUAUAUUUUGUCACAAUGUAUGUUAAUGUACAGAGUUAUAUAUAUUUGUACUUAAAUUGUGUAAAGCUUCUGUGAAAUUAUGUUUGAAAAGUAUUUCUGAUGAUUUUGAUUUUUGUAAAAUAUUUUCUAGCGCCUCUGAGGCCCGUGAUCCAUGUUUAGACUUCUGUACAAAGCGUUUGCUUAGUCCUAUCUCAAUUUCAGGCACUUCCAUAGAUUGGGAUCGUUAUAAAAAUCUCCAUAACGUUUUUUUUAUGUUGAUCGAUUGUAUAGGAUGUGUUAAGUUUUAGUUUUUUUUUUCUAAUGUAAGGGGCGCAGUCAAUUCCUAAAAAACUAGUUUUAAUCUCACAACGCUGUUUGCUACAUAGCCGUGGCUCGAUAGAUGUAAGUUAAAAAAAAAUAUUUGUGAUAAUUCAAAAAAAGCUAACCGCAGCUAUGUUUAGACAUCGCUCGACAGUACAGGAAUUGGCUCGAUCCCGAAAUAUCAAUGUAAUAUACUGUGAGUUUGUAGCGUACAAGCAAAGACAUGUAUAGUUGUGCGAGUGUGCGAGCGAGAGGCGACGAGUGACUGAGAUAGUUUAAGUCUAGUUAAUAGUUAGGCAAAAACUGUGAGAGCGCAGACAGAAAUCAGUUUUUUUUUGCAUCGAGGGAUCAACGGAGGGCUUAUAAAAUGUGAUAAAAUCGCAGUUGAGCGGUGUUAGGUAGGAGACCUCGAGUGCGGGCGAACAACGAAUUGGAAGCCAAUGGGCGCGCCUCGCCUGCCCGACCAGUGUUUGUGACACUCACCAACAUUGGUACCUCUUUGAACGCUGCAGAAAUACCUGCGACUUGAAAAUAUCAGACAUAUUGGUACCAAAUGCAAACGUUAAUGAAAUAUAAUCAAAAAUAAUCAAAUUUGUACUGAGUUAUCAUGUUUGCUGUAACCAAAUUAUAUGUUGAAAAGCAUUCCAAAAUUGCUGCGUAUUUUUGUAACGGUCAAAGGUCACAAACAUUAGGUCUAAGCAGAGCUAAACUUUCAAAUUGAACCAGUGAACUGGCAAUAUGUACACGUUUUUGUGAAUUUUAUAUGCUUGUCACUUUAUUAUACACAGUUAUCCGUCUAUGUGCUCAAGAGCUUUACAAUGCAAUAAUGUUAAUGUAGAAAAAGUACGUCUAUUGAUGAUACUAUGAACUGUUUGUAGGUAGUACUUCGUUAGGACGGGUCUUAGGUGUCAGUGACACUGCCAAAGCGAGCUAAGCGUGCAAUCUACGCGAGCGUGCAGUCUAUAGCCAUUUUCAAAAAUAGGUUCCUUAGCGUGAGUGUCGCUGUCAGUUUUGUAACAAUAGUUAAGCAUGGAAUUUUAAUAAAAAGAUAGUUUUGGUGUUAAUUACAUAAACUGUAAGCUAUAUUCUAAAAUCUGAACGUGAAAAAAACUGAUUUUUAUUCCGAUUUUGUGCUUAAUUGUUACAAAACUGACAGCUAUUGACGCUAAUUGCGAGUCCCAAUUUCUGAAAAUGCCUCUAUGCGACCAAUCGUGCGCGUGACGAACUCAUCAACCAAUCGCGUUGUAUCAUUCCACCAAGACAUCAAACGAGAACUUUUCUUUACUUAUGAAAUCUUUGGUUUUUAUUGUCAAUAGACGUACUGAUAGUGAAGGACUGUCAGUAAUGUGCCAUGAGCGGGGCGCGGCGAACCCAUGAAGUGUUGUUGUUGAAUCCAAAAUAUUUCCUAUAAUAUAAAUUUUUAUAUCUGAA